CAGUAUGUUGCAAUCGAAUCCAAAAUUUUGAUUUAUUAAAAAAUUAUUCUUUGAUUAAAAAGUGCAUUUCGUAUAAGAUUUUGUUGAUAUAUUUUCUUUUACAUAGAAAAAAAAAGAAUUUUUAGUUUCAAAUACACAUUUCCCCUUAAAAAUCUCUGAAUGUUGACAUGUACGCAGCCAUUUUUACAUCAUGGCAUACAUUGUGUAUACUAUCGUUAGUUCCAACAUUCACCACCAGUUGUACAGAGCACACCUAGUUCAUAGCACAAUUCAAAUCGUCUCUUGUUGUAAUGUCAAACACCAACCGUCAUCCUAUUCAACUGCAACGACACAAGCAUAGUAUAUUAAUUUGUCGAUCGAAGUGAAGAAAAAUCGGUAAAUAUGCAACGUUUUCUCAAUAACUACGGAAAAUCGAUGGAAGAAAGUGAUUCUCUCGUAACAAAUGACUACAACUGGGAGGAAAUUAGCUUUGGAGACGAUACUAUUGCUGCAGAAAGAUUUUUUGCUGUAAAACAUCCUGAACACGAGCGAAAGAAAAAUAUUGUUAAUAUUGAGUUCGAAGAGACGACAAUUGAACCAAAUGAGAACGAUGAAAACCAACAAAAUUAUGGUCAAGCUAAAAAUCCAUCAAAUUCAGUUGAAUCCGAAAAUAUUUUAUCGAGUUUAGGUGAGAUACAAAUCGAUUCGAGUCCAGCACAAAAACAAAAAACGAAUGGCAUACGGAAAGGUGUGAAACCAUUAUGCGCUCAAAAUCAACAAUUGGUACCAAAUGUAGUUAGAAUCGGCGAAUUAUAUGAGCAGAAGAAGAAAAUCAGAUAUGAACAGCUAUUACAACAAGAACGAGAACAACGAAAAUUUCAUGCAAAGCCAGUGCCAAAUUUUGCUGCAAUUCACGCGGCUAGUUCGAAAAAACGAGAAUCGGAUGAGCCUAAAGUUACAGUACCGAAGACACCGAGAGUAGUUCAUACCCAUCGCAAGAAUAUCGAAAUUAUUCGAAAAAAGCAACAAGAAAUUGAAGAAGCCAACAAGAUAAAACCGUUUGUAUCGAAGGAGGCCGAUGUGUUAUUCAAAGCACCGUUUAUGCCUCAACAGAAAAAGAAAACACCAAUAUCAGUGUCUCCAUUCAAUUUACAUAGUGAUGAACGGCUUCGCGAAAGAAGACAGUUCGAUCAACAAGUAAAAGAGGAAAAGGAACGCAAAGAAAAAGAGGAAGAGGAGCGGCGUAAACAGUUGGAUGAUCAGCUUCGGAAGGAAAUUCGAAAGGCAACAACAUUCAAGGCCAAUCCAAAUCCAUUUUCUUAACCAGGUUAAUUACGUCAAUUUUAACCACAAAAAAACACACACAAAUUACAUCAGCUUUUCAAAUUUAAAAAAUGAUCUUAAAUAAGUAUAUUGAUAUUUUACCUUUAAUAACAAAUACUAUUAGUCAACUAACAGUAAAUAUAAGAAAUUGAUAAGAAUCGAAAAUUUAGUAAAGAUUUAGUCAAACGAAAAUAUAUGUAUAAUCAUUGUAAAAAAUUAACAUACAAAUAACACUGGUGAUUCUGUCAUUUUCAUUCCUAAUUUGUUAAUACACUAACACUAAACAAAAAACACGAACGGAAUAUGACAGCUAUUUUUUGAGAAAUUUUAACUCUACAUAUAGCCAUAGUCAUAAAUAGUAAAUUUAUUUUUAUAAGUAUUAGUGUUUGGUCGCAAAUAAACAUUAUUUGAUUAAACAGCA